GUGACCAACAACGAAUAGCCUGGCCGUCUCCGACUUCCCUGCCCUCGCCUCCCCUUCAGAGCUGGAAAAAGCCCAACCAAACAUCUGACAGGGAGGGAAGAGGCGAAGCACCACCGACUUCCCAAGAUGCUGGCACUAAUAAACCGGCUUUUAGACUGGUUCAAGUCUUUAUUUUGGAAGGAAGAGAUGGAGCUGACCCUGGUCGGCCUCCAGUAUUCGGGAAAAACGACGUUCGUCAACGUAAUUGACUCUGACGAAACCCUAAUUGGAGUGAUGGUUGAUGAGAUGAAGAGGCUGCUGAGGAAGCUGAUGUCUAAAUUUGUGCAAAUGGAUGUGAUCAGGAAAGCUGAGGAUAUCCUAGAUGUUGAUUACAGGAACAAGGAGAACUGGCAUGACACAGGCAACAUAGCAGUAUCACAUGAUGCCAGACAAUACAUGGAGCAAGUUGAAGACUAUCUCUGAUGCCACCAAAAAGAGGUUCUUUGACAGUGUAGUUAAUUUUUACACAAGUGUUGUGACCAAAAUGAACUUGAAAAAAAAUGGUUGCAUUUUGUCUUAGCGAUUGUCACGCGCGCGCGCGUCAUCGGGGUUGGCAAACAGAAAUCUCCCUAUUUGCAAUUUCUA